UUUCUUUCUCAAGCGUUGCCUUUUAAUGCCUCAUUUUCAUCAUAGACUUAGGGUUGAAGUGCUUCUCAAACAGAGAGGAAGUGAAAGGAAGAACAUUUUCAGUGCCAUUGAAAUUAUCCUAUAUGGCAGAUCAGAAAUCAUCGGUUGUAAUUCCUACCGGCUACAUUUUGAAGAAUGAAGUCCAAAAAGACAGAUCUAAACUCUCGAAAUUGAAAGCCAAGAAAAUUGUCAAAAAUGCUAGGAGGACACAUUUGCUUAUCAAAAAAGCUAGGGGGAAACGUUUGUCAGGCCAAAGCUCAAGGUCGUUGGCUAUCAAAAGGAGUGAAGUCCUCUCAGCUUGGAGGAAGCGUUUGCCAGGUCAGAGCUCAAAGUUGCCAGUUGUUGAUCAGGGUAAGGAAAUCAUUGACUUGGGGCAGAGCACUGGUCCUAAGGGCAGCAUUGAUUUGGGAGAGAGCACCAAAGCUGAUUCCCUGCCUCAUCAAGCUAUGCUAGAAGUGGAGCAGGUAGCCAAUUUAGAGAGCAGUGACCUGGUUUCUGCUAACUAAUUAAAGCCAGCACCUGACUCCUAAAACAGUUUUAAGCUGUACUAAUAAGUCAAAAAGUGAAACCUAUUAACUUUCUUUGUCUGCAUAAAGAUGGAACUCAUUUUUAAACUCCACCUUUUUUGAAUUUACCUUUGUUGUAGAUGUUUAAACCUUUAUAUCCUUUGCUUUGGGGUUUUUAAUCAACUUAAAUUGAUAAUUUUGGUUUAUGUAGUUAGUAUUAGCUAGUUUGCACCCUAAUUUCCAUUUGUGAUA